CUCUCCUCGCGCCAGACAGAGAACAAGUCAACGGGAAUCUUGACCAGGCGCAACUUUCACCACAACAAGAAAAUGUGAACACAAGCCCUGUCACAUAAAGACGACUCGACUCAAGGCGCCCCACAUAAAUCAGUACCUUAGACAGCGACACCCGGCCGUUAUCAGCAUCUCCAACAGGGCGGAAAGCACACAGUCCCCUGCACUCGGCUGUCCUACCAGAGCACAACCAAGGCAUGCAGUUCCGUGAAUGACGAUUCUCUCUAUCAGAGCGCAAUGGGUUUCAGAAGCGCUGCUAUUAAUGAUAUACUUAACUAAUUGCGUCUUGCAUACUGAUGCUAUUCAUUCUUCUAGCCAGUAUGGUAACAGUAUCGAUCGUGAGAGGACCAACGCGAGUGGCAGGUGACGAGGGUUGUAACAGCCUUGUUGGAUUGAGAGCCUGAGAGCCCUAUCACAUUCACUUCACUACCAAGUCAGAGAAGAUCACAAGCGUCGCGUCGGAAGUGAAUUGACAGGUUAGACACACCAUGGGGAUAAGGCACCUUUUGCUGCUCGUCAUAUACCUGGAUCCCCUGAGCGUUCUCUGCGCCGGGACAGGAGGCAAGAAGAUGAAACCCGUGACCAAGCGGACUCCCAAGGCGAAAGACACCAACAUCACCGCGGUGAUCCCCACCGCCGCGCCGCAAAAGAACACGACCAAGGACUACGAUACGUGCACGGGUUACUACGACGUGAGCGGACAAUUUGACAGAGAGUUUGCGUGUAACAACACGGUUCACCGCUACUGCUGCGGGUCCUGCUUCCUGCGGUUCUGUUGCCAGGAAAAAGAAAAACGAGUGGAUCAGUCAAGCUGUAAAAACUACAACAAGCCGGACUGGGUGAAAACGCCCCCCCCGUCACCAGCCUCGACGGGACAGCCUUUUGACCCGAGUAUGGACCAGACGAACACUGCAGUGUACAUCACCUGUGGGAUCAUAGCUUUUAUUUUAGUGGUGGGAGUUUCGGCUAAAGUUGCCUAUGACAAAGCCACAGAGCCUCCUCAGGAAAUGAAUAUCCAUAGGGCCCUUGCUGACAUCCUGAGGCAACAGGGGCCCAUUCCCAUAUCGCAAUAUGACUGUGAGAACUUUUCGGCCAUGAACGGCUCUCCCAAAGACAACACUCCUCAACAAACCUCCUCCAAGAACCACUACACCCCUGUCCACCAGUCCAAGUCCAACCACGGUCUCCACUACGGGAAGGAGAGUGUCCGCAGCAGUGGAGGUCACGACCUUCAUACCUUCAUCUCCUCUGGGUUUGUCACGUUGGGACGCGGCCAGCCCAAAGGUACCCACCAGCACAACUACAACCAUGUGGUUCUAGGUAGCCCAACACGUACCCAUAAUGCUCACCGAUCAUUGAGACGUGAGAAAGAGAACACUAGGAUGAGUGGCAUCCUGACCUCACAGACGGAGCCAUACGACCUGUCCUCCUCGCGCUCCUUCCAGAGCCUGUCCCACCUACCGCCCACCUACGAGGCCGCCGUCAAGGCCGACCUCAACAGAUACUCCUCCCUCAAGAGACUGACGGAUAAAGAUGUCGACGACUACUACACCCGCAAGCGUCACCUCCCUGACCUGGCAGCCAGAAGCACCCUGCCCUUACACGUCAUUAAAAUGAACCAGGAACAGCAGCAGCAGCAGCAGCUCCAGAGCCAGCCCCCCCAGCCCCAGGUGUCCCAGGCCCCACCCCAGCAGCCCCAGGCGCAGCAGGCCCCCAGGAGACAGAGGCCUCCUCGUGUCCAGAGGGCCAUGUCCCAGGACCGGGUCCUGUCCCCAAACAGAGAACCCCAGCCAGACUACCAGGGGAUAGGGAUGACUCGGCAAGGAGGACGUAUCCUGUCUGAUGAGCAGCUACUGUCUGCUGAGAGGCUGAGGUCACAGGAACGCCUGAUGUCCCAGGACCGGCUGUACUCCAAGGACCGCAUGUACUCCAAGGACAGGCUGUUACAAUCUCAAGACCACAUGUACCCGAAAGACCGCCAUUUCUCCCAAGACCGCCUGUACUCCCAAGACCGCCUCUACUCCCAAGAUCGCCUGUACUCCCAGGAUCCUCUGAUCUCGCCGGACAAAAUGAUGAUGUCGCUGAAGCGAGCGUCCGGCGGUAUACGGGGCAACAACGACAAGUCGAUGUCGCACGCCAUCUCGCACCCGGAUGUGUUCAUGCCCACGACACCACUCAUGGACCACUACAAGAUGACAAAAAUACACUCCCAUCCCAGUGCCUCGAGCAACGCAGGGGCGGCAGGAGGAGCAGGAGCAGCGGGGCACUCCAACACGCUAGCCAUGAACCACACGACUAAUAAGAGACAGCAGUUUGCCUCCAGAAGGACCCACACUGUGGAGCAGCUCCACUACAUCCCCCAGCAGCACUACCGCACAGGCAGCAAGACCGAAGUGACUGUUUAACGCUAGCUAGCAUGCUAACGGCUAGCUUGGGAGUGAGUCAGCAGAGAAUGCUAACAUCUCAUCGCUAGUUUAUAUAUACGCCUUUCAACAGACACUUUUAUCCAGUGACUUACUCUCUGCAUACAUUUUUAUGUAUGGGUGGCCCCAGCGGGAAUCAAACCAACGACCCUUUGUGUUGGGGGAGUAUGUGUGUGUGUGUUGGGGGGGGGGUGGGAAAAGACUGCCGAGUAUAACAGGACGAUAAUUGUAUGAUUUUAAGUCAAACAAAAGGUACACUCACAUUUGUUUGCAUUUUCAGACUUCACCAGAUCGAAGAGCAGCACUGUAAGAGACUAGAGUUCUUCAGUAGACACAAACCCCACUAAGACUGAGUCAGCUGUAGUAGUGUGCUGUGAAAUUGGCAAACUACUCUACUGCUAUUCCUGUUACGCCCUAAGCACCCUUGUCCACCAUAUGAGGGGACAUGGGCUUUUUGAGAAUAGAGAAGCUCAGGCUGCCAACACAUGUCUUAUUCUAUAAACUUCUACUGCAUUGGUAAAACGCCAGGACUGAUCCCAUCUAUGUCUCCACAACUUCUGUUGUUCAGAGACACAACACAACCACAGGUGAUGGAACCAGGAUGACCCUGUAAUAACUUUAUAAAUAUAUAAAUAUAAAAAACGACCAUUUGUAACUCCAGUCUUACUCAUAGCUAUCAAUCAAAACCGAUGUUAGACAAGUGUUCCAUUUCUAAAAAUGAAGAAGUGGUUUUAAAAAGUGGUUUUAAAAAGCACAAUCAAUUAAUGAGAUUUUGUGUUUCUGUUCAGUUGUUUCAUAAGUUUGGUCGCUGAUGGCUAGCUCGUAGAUGAUUGUAAAUAAGCUAUACUUCUAGAGGCAGUAAUAUGGACCAGUCUGUACCAGUUGGCUUUUGUAUUAGGCUGUCUAAUGUUUUCAGUAGAUUCUGAACAAGUUGUAAACCACCACUGUUUCGUGAUCAGUUCAGACUAGAAAACCCACUUAACCAAGCAUUGGCAGGAUACAUGAAUAGUAUAACUAUGUUUGUAGAUUGAGAAUGAAUGUGAAUGAAUGAGAAUGAAUGUGAAUGAAUGAGAAUGAAUGUGAAUGAAUGUGAAUGAAUGUGAAUGAAUGUGUUGUCCAUUAAAAAAAUAUACCACUGUUCAUAUUUGGAUGUAGAAUGUGUUCCAUUGACUUCUAUGAGAAGCUGGACAACAUGGUGACUGAUUAUAAUUGUUGUUGCAGUAGCGUCAAAAUAAACCAUCCAUAUUUUUUUAAAC